CUAUUCUCGAACUCUCUAUAUUACUCUACCCGAUCUACCUAAUUGCGUAAUAUAUGCAAGACCCACUAGCUUGAAUUAUAAUCGAAUAAAGGUAAUACGCGAGUUGCGAUCUUGUAUUCAUUUGUAAAGCCCCCGAAGCUCACGAUGCGCUUCUUCAUAGCACUCGAAUUCGCUACCUUGGCCGCAGCAACACUAUCGCAUCGCCAACCCUUCACUAACAGCACAAACAAGAUAAAAUGUCCGUUAAUCUUCGACGGCCGCAUACCCUCCAACCUCACACUCUCUUCUUUUGACGAUGCCUCCACAUCACCCUAUAACCCAGGCUUCGUCAAAGGCGAAAACCGCACCUGGUCCUCGAUUCUCCUCCUCCCGAACAUCUCUGCGUCCCCCUCACGCUUCGACUCCUCCUCCCUGCACAAACCAAUCGAAGUAACCAUCGACUCUGCCUCCCUAUUCCGCCCAGGCUCAAGACUACAAACCGGAUUCCGCCGCGCGGGCCUCCUCCUCAAAGACGAUGCGAACGACGUCGGCGCCGACGCAGCAGACAACGGUACCGUGACGUUCCACUGGAGCAUCAAGCAAGACCUUACCCGGCCGCUAAACCUAAGUCACGAGUACAUGAAUGUGUGGCAUGAGAAAGCGGAUUAUAGCGGGAACCAGUUUACGUUUGUGGGCGGAGUGGUGCUUGUAGGGGAUGGAGGGAACGGGGUCGAUACGUGGGAAGAGAGGGAGAGUUGGAAGGUGCAGAAUGGGAAGAAUGAGUUUGUGUUUCGGACGCCGAUUCUGUUUGGUGCGUGGCAGAAUUUCGGGGUGCAGUUGGAUCAUGGGAAUAAUACGAUACAGGUCUACUAUUCUGCGGGAAAUGCGCCGUUGGAAGCUGUUACGGGGUCUCUUCCGAAUGAGAAUGCUGGAGGAGGGCAAUUGCAGGUGGGGAUUGCGAAGAAGCCAACAGAGACACAGACGGUGGUUUGGGAUGGGUACCAGGAGCCGAUUUCAGAGCGCGGUGAGGGUCAGAUCUAUGGGAGUAUUUUUGUCGAGGAUAGCUCGAAUGGAUGUGUCAGUCUAUAGAACAAGUUAGAACGUGGGUAGAGAAAAGCAUGGAAGAUCUGGUUUCAAGGUCAGUACGUGUAGCCAUAGACGUAGAAAUGGACGCUGUUGAGCGUAAGGGAGAAAAGUAGAGCGCUGCAGUGAUAUCAUUCGGUAGAAAG